UUCACUUUUUCUUUGUAGAGAAAAGGAGGUUUAAAUACCCAAAAAGCCAAAAAAGAAUCAAAAAAAAGAAAAAAAUUAUUCAAAAAAAUUAUUUUUUCUGAUGCAUCAAAAUUAGGGUUCCAAAUCAAACCUACUCUUUCUCAUUCCAUCUCAAUUUCCCCGAUCCGAACACCGAAAUUGAUCUCCCUCACUUCGAUUUUUUCGAGGCAAGAUCUGGAAUUUUGGGUGUUGAAUUUGCAUGAUGGUGUGUGAGAGUUUUUGUAUGUGAAUUGAGUGAUAUCUGUUGGUGGCAAUGAGUGCGGAGAAGUUGGGAGGCUUGGUGAAUUUGAAGAAAAAGAGGUCUUUGGAUCUUCAGACCUUGUAUCAAUCUGAUGGUGAUAACAAGGGGAGGAGUGAUAGUAAGGGGAAGCGUGAGGAAGAGAAGGAGGGCAAUGAGACUCGGAAAAAGAGGAAGAGGAAAGGUGUAAAGGAGGUGGCUUUGACUAGGUUGGAGCUGGUUGAAAAGAAUAGUAGUAGAGCAGAUGAUGAAGGUGUCAAUGGGGUGAAUGCUGGGUCAGUUGAGCUGCAGCAAUUAUGUUCAGGUUUUGUUAACAGGUGGAAUAAAAUUUCUUAUGGCUUUUUGGGUGACAAUGGUGAUCCUAUUCCGAUCCCCAAGCGCCCACGCAAAGUUUUGGGCUGCAAGAAUUCUAAAAACCAGUCAGUUUCUCAGUCACCGAGGAUGCAGAGUUCUUCAGAGAAGUUGGAGGAUGCUCAUCUGCCUAAGAAGCCAGGGUUGUCAGGUAAUGAAGCCAGUGCUGGUAGUGGUGACCAGAUGGUUAAGUCAAGUAAAGCUUCUGUAGGGAAUGUUGUUGACAAGUUAAAGCAGAAGGUGGGUGUUGAUGAGUCUAAGGGACGUAGGGCUGCUCAUCUGCCAAAGAAGCCAGGCUUAUCAGUAAAUGAAUCCAGUGCUGAUGAUGGUAUGGCUAAGUUGGGCAAACAUUUUGUGGCAAAUGCUGCUAGUGAGAAGCAAAAGCAGAAGGUGGGUGUUGAUGAGUCUAAGGGAAGUAAGAAAAAUCAUCUGCCUAAGAAGCCAGGCUUAUCGGGCAGUGAAACCAGUGCUGGUGACAAGAUCUCUAAGUUGGGUAAAGCUUCUUCAGGCAAUGCCAACGGCAAGAUUAAGUCGAAGGUGGGUGUAGAGGGGUCUAAGGGAAGUAAGAAUGGCAGGGAUACUUCAGCUCAGCACACUAUGAUGGAGGAUGCUCACACUACUGUAAAAAAUGCUGAUGCAUCUUCGAAAAAGUGCCGCAGCACUCAUAGGAAGAGGAAGGAUCCGCCAUCUAGUAUUGGGGAUUCUGUGAAGAAUGCUGAGCCUCCAGGAGAUAAUGCAAGUCGUUAUUGUGAUGAUUUUCAAGAUGAUGAUGAUGAGGAAAACCUUGAGCAAAAUGCUGCCAGGAUGCUAUCUUCUAGAUUUGAUCCACGCUGCACAGGUUUUGCUUCAAAAAGCAAAGCUUCUGUAUUAUCAUCUGCCAACCAGGUGUCUUCUUUUAUCUCUUCUUCUAAGGAUCUGACUAGUCGGGAUGCAAACUCCUUAGCCAGCCCAAUGAGAAAAGAUAAUAAAGAGAAGGGUGCUCCAAGGAAACGCCGUCAUUUCUACGAAGUUCUUUUGAAGGACUUGGAUGUAUAUUGGGUUUUGAAUAAAAGGAUCCAAGUAUUUUGUCCAUUAGAUGAGACUUGGUGUUGUGGCCUUCUAAAGGACUAUGACCCUGAAAAGAGGCUCCAUCAAGUCAAGUAUGAUGGUCGAGAUGAAGUAUGGAUCAAUCUUGAAAAUGAAAGAUUUAAGCUCUUGCUUUUCCCAAGUGAAGUUCCUGGAAAGGACAAGCCCAGAAGAUCUGCUAAAGGCAGUAGAAGUGUUCAAGAAGAUAAAAUAGAUUUGGAUAUUGACGAGGACAGCCAUUCAGGGAGUUAUUUGGAGUCUGAACCCAUUAUCUCAUGGUUGGCUCAUCGAGUUAAAUCUUCCUCUAGGCCUUUGAAGAAACAGAAAACAUCAGAAUUGUCUUCAUCUAUAUUGUCAUCACCAUCUCAUGACCAAAGCGAGGACACAAAAGACAGUAUAGGCUCCUUGGAUAGAUUUGGCAAGAAACCAGAGUGUGGUCCUCCAUUGCUGAACUUGGUAACUGAUGAGGAAAAGGCUAGGAAGUCUUUCAUUGGAAGUCAUUGGGAUUCAGAGAAUAAAAAACCAGUUGUUUACGUGAGAAGGCGUUUUCGGAAGAAAGAUAUAGGACAUUCACUCUCUGAAAAUGACACUGAAUGUGGAAGGAUGGUACUAGCUGCUUCCACAGUGGAUGAGUUGACUCCACAAUCUGAAGUGGCUUCCCUUCAGGGCUCAGAUAAUGAGUUUUUGUUGUGGUCUCUUGAUGAUGAAGGCCUGCUAAGCUUAAGUUUGCCAUUUGUAGAAUCCAAACAGUUCACCUUUGAUAUACACCUGCCUACUCUAUCUUUUCUUCAGCAUGAUGCAGAGUACAUCUGGCUGUCUCAUACACUGUUGUUGCUGCAAUAUGGUGCAAUUGUGAAAAAAUGGCCAGAAGUUAUUCUAGAGAUGCUUUUCGUUGACAAUACUGUUGGACUGAGGUUUCUUUUGUUUGAAUGUUGCUUAAAGGAGGCUAUGGUUCUCGCUUUCAUUGUUAUGGCAUUGUUUAGUCCACCCGGUGAACACUGGGAGUUAGAAGAUACUCAGUUGCCUGUUACUUCUGUAAGGUUUAAAUUUUCAAGAGUUCAAGAUCUUAAGAAGCAGAAAGUAUUUGUAUUCUACAGCUUUUCAAAACUAGAAAGCUCAAAGUGGUUGUAUCUGGACUCUAAGCUCCGGUACCAUAGUUUACUUGCUAAACGGCUAUCUCUUUCCGAAUGUACAUAUGAAAACAUCAAAUCCCUUGAAUGUCCAAGUCAUCAGUUUUCAGCACACAAUCAUCAACAAUCUCCCUCAUCAGAGAAUUUGCAAAGGAAGUCUGUGCUGUGUAGUUUGGCGACAGGCAUCUCCAAAGAUUCCCGCCAUGUGAGGAUGAGCCUUCCUGCUUCUAGCUCUGAUUCAAAACUUGGACAAGUUCUUCCAUUUGCUCUUUCAUUUGCUGCUGCACCUGCUCUAUUCGUGAGUCUGCAUUUACACCUGUUGAUGGAACGUAACUUUGCAUGUCUUAGCCUUCAAAAUCAUGAUCCACCAUGUUCAGUUGUCAGCUCUGAUAUAACUGGCCAGCAUGCUACACCUGAUGCCAGUUUAGGGAUGAAGUGCUAUGAGAAUGUUCUAGACACAACCUCUGAAGAUAAUGUGGAACCCUUGCUCCCUGUAGCUACUUCGACUGACAUUGACGGUUUGGAGAAGAAUGCUUCUGAAUUGGUUGUGUCUCAAAUCAAAAGUGGUGCCAGUGAUCAACAGUCAUACCCAGUUGUUGUAUCUCCACAAUCUGGUCUAGACCACAUCAGUAUUGAAAUUCCUUCAUCAGAUCAUAUUGACCGGCCUUCUGAUGGAAAAGAACCUUUCUCUAGAUGUGCUUCUGACUUGACUUCAAAUGUGAGUGAUGGCAUUCCCCAAAGCCCCAAUCAUAUUGGUCCCAGGAGUUCAGUGCAUCGCAACAGAAACAACUCACUUUCUUCACCGGUUGGAGAACUUUCACCUGUGUGGUCAGAUGGGAAGACAGGCUUCAUACGCAGUGGCUUUGUUAGUGGCCCUAAGAAACCAAGAACUCAGGUCCAUUACACAUUGCCAUAUGGAGGUUAUGAUUCUGGAUCAAGACACAAAAUCCAAGGGCAAAAGACUCUUCCUUGUAAACGAAUCAGGAGAGCUAGCGAGAAGAAGAUUUCAGAUAGUGGUAGGAGUUCUCAAAGAAAUAUUGAGUUGUUGGCAUGUGAUGCAAACAUAUUAGUUACUAUUGGAGACAAAGGAUGGAGAGAAAAUGGUGCACGGGUAGUCUUAGAAGUUGCAGAUCACAAUGAAUGGCGACUUGCUAUUAAACUUUCUGGAUCUACAAAGUACUCAUAUAAGGUUCAUAAUAUUUUGCAACCUGGGUCCACUAACCGCUUCACUCAUGCCAUGAUGUGGAAGGGCGGAAAGGAUUGGGUUUUGGAGUUUCCUGACAGGAGUCAGUGGACACUGUUCAAGGAGAUGUAUGAAGAAUGCCACAAUCGAAAUAUCCGUGCUGCUUUGAUUAAGAAUAUACCUAUUCCUGGUGUCCGCUUGAUUGAAGAAAUGGAAGAUAAUGCAACUUAUGUCCCAUUUGCUCGCAAUUUUUCUAAUUACUUUCAUCAGAUUGAAAGUGAUAUUGACAUGGCGAUGAAUACUUCACGAAUCUUGUAUGACAUGGAUAGUGAUGAUGAGUGCUGGCUUUCAACCAACCAAACUUCUUCAGACUCCAGUGGAAAUGAGAUAUCAGAUGAAUUGUUUGAAAAGACAAUGGACAUGCUUGAAAAAGUUGCUUAUGCAGAGCAACGUGAGAACUUCACAUCUGAGGAGCUAGAAGAGUUUAUGGCAGGAGUAGCUGUUAUGGAAGCAGUAAAAUCUAUUUAUGAACAUUGGAAGCUGAAAAGGCAGAAAAUGGGCAUGCCAUUAGUACGUCAUCUCCAGCGUCCUUUGUGGGAAAGGUAUCAGCAGCAAGUGAAAGACUGGGAGCAAGCUGUUUCCAGGGCUGCUGCUGUCAAUCAUGGGAAAGCACCUCCUAUUGAGAAACCACCUAUGUUUGCUUUUUGUUUGAAGCCACGAGGUUUGGAUAUCCCUAGCAGGGGUUCAAAACAACGUUCGCAGAAGAAAAUUUCGGUUUCUGGCAACAACCAUACUGUCAUAAGGGAUCAAGAUGGUUUCCAUGCUUAUGGGAGGAGAAUAAAUGGAUAUGCUCUUGGAGAUGAGAUGGUCGUGUAUGCUGGCAACAACCAUGAAUCUUUGGAUGCUUCUCCACCCUUUUAUGCUUCGAGAAGGGUCUUUUCUCCGCGUGAGGCUGGUGUUGGAUAUUUCUCUUUGAACAAUGAUGGCUUUGAGUGGAACCAUCACCCAAAGUUUCAGAGGAACAAAUCAAAGAGGAUUGGGACAUUUAUGCCUUCGAGUAACGGGCAUCUGGUGGGUUCUUAUGACCGGAGAACCAUAAAGAGAAAUGGUGUUCAUCAGUGGAAUAUGGGAUUGUCUGAUUGGCCAAGUUCGAAGCUUGACCAUCUUGAAGGUACUUAUAGGCAUAACAUGGGGCAGUUUGAUAUUCCAAAUGUUCAGGAGUUCAGGCUGCGUGAUGCAUCAAGUGCAGCUAAGCAUGCUUUUACUGUAGCAAAACAAAAGAGGGAAAAGGCACAGAGAUUACUAUACAUGGCAGAUGUGGCUAUCCACAAAGCUGUAGUAGCUCUCAUGAAUGUGGAUGCAAUGAAAGCUUCUACUGAGAGUGCAAAUGGCAAUGGCUAGUAUUAUCGCCAUGUUAAUAUGUGAUUGUUGGGGAUUUAGUUCCUGGACCUCUUAGCUCUGGCUCCUGCAGCCAAGACCUUAUGCUACUUUCGACAAUACAGGUUUUUCACAGAACGGAUUUUGAUCCAACUUUUUCAAUGAUGUGUAGCCUUCCAUCAUUGUCCAUAAAGUAUAGAGUGUAGAUUCCUGACAUGAUGGCUGGAGCAGCAGUCAUUGGAGCAGUAACUUCUCGCUUCUGCCCAGUCAUGAUGCUACAGUCCUCAUAAUAUGACAUUAUCAUCGUUAUCAAGAAAGUUUUGAUACAUAAAAUCUAUAUCCCUUUUGCGCAAUAGUUUUUCCCUGGGGAGCAGGUUUGUUUUCAGUUCCUUGCACAACUGAUUUGACGCUUUGUGGCGCUGACAGGGUGCAACCCUUCGGAUUUUGCUUCUGUCCCCUGUUGUACAGAAUGAUGUUGCUCUCACUCUCUCUUUUCUUCUUUUUUUGUUUUCUGGUCUCUUUAGCUCCUGUUAACCCGCCCUAAAUAAUAUAAAACCAUUUCUAGAAACUAUACAUGGUGGAAUUUCAUUUUAGAAUAGGGCAUUGGAGUAGCUGUUUUUUUUUUAGUAUUGUGGAGAGCACCUUUGUGUAGGGAAACAAAAGAUUUGCUGUAAGUAAACAAAAUUUCUGGUUCACCAUGACUGGUAUAUAUCUAGUAGUUUAUUAUAGCUGCUUCAUUUUCUUGUGCAUUAUGGU